GGGAGUUCGGGCUCCUGAGGCGCAGCCAACGACGGCUGGCCGGGCAGCGCAUAGACCCCCGGUGCCAUCUCAUGCUGCUGGGGUCGGCCGGGGAGGCCCUCGCCCUCCGCCGCCGGCGGCGCCGGCUCCUGGGUCGAUGACGACUGGUAUGGUUAAUACUGGCCGUGGAGCUCCUCGCCCUGCACCGCCGGUGGUGCCGGCUCGUAACGCGUCGGCGGCGGGGAUGGCUGCUCUGAGGGCCGAGACGCCGGGGGCCACGGUGGCUGCCGGUGUCGCUGCUGAUACGGUGGCGGCAACUACCGGGGGUCAGCGUGCACCCCCGCCACACCUUGCGGUUCGUCAGGCGCAGAAUCAUUCGGGGCAGAAUCAGGUUCAGAGUAAUCAGAGUAAUACCAGUGGGAGACCGACUGAUGCACCUCGAGGCAAGUGGGGUGAUGACGGGUUUGAUGCGUAUGGAGUAGGCCAGCAUCGGGGCUCAUCUUCAGCGGGAGGAGGUCGGGGUUAUGCUUGGCAGAGUGACGGGUCUGCAGAGAGACCGUUCCUGGGGCCGGCUGGAGGCUUCGUUGAGGGGGCCUCAGGACCUGAUAACAGGCACAGAGGAGGUUAUCGCGGAUACCGUGGUCGUGGUGGAGGCCGCGGAAGGUUCCGCCGGCCGCCUCCCCCUAGACAUGUUGACUCUGACGGGGCGGCGAUGGAGACUGAUCACACACCACAGGAGCUACCUCCCCAGGCGAUGGAGGUGGUGAAUGCACUUGCGGUUGCUGAGGUUCCUGGGAUUGCGAAGGAGGCUGAGGUGGUUCAAGUGGCUGAUUCUGAGAGGGCAUCCAAGUACGCUCGGAAGAAAGAGAGAAUGCUUUGUUACCGGUGCGGAGAGAAGGGGCACUUCAUCGCGGAGUGUGUGGCCCAGCUGUGCGAAUCCUGUGGUAAGCCUGCGCAUGCUUCAGGGGAUUGUCCUUUGCUGAGGGACCAUAUUCCAGCUCUUACUGUAUAUGGUGUGUACUGUGCGGAGCUGAUGUUCUUCGAGUCAGCGGCUGCGAGGGAGAUCCCAGCUGAUACACAGAGCCUUACUUCUGGUUUGGUCAAGGUGACACAGGGAGAUGUCUCCCAGGCUCAGAUUGUGCAGAGACUUCAGGAGUUGGCUCCGGGUGAUUUUCAGUGGGACCUCGUACCCGUUGAGGAUAGAGUAUUCAGAGUGGAGUUUCCUUCGAUUGAGGACUUGCAGCGUUUGUUGAGCUUUGGGAUGUGUAAGGUGCCAGGCACCAAAGGUAUUUUGGAGUUCCACGAGUGGAAGAAAGUUGAGCCUAAGGGGAAGCCUCUUACUCAGGUGUGGCUGCGUUUCUCGGGGGCACCGUCUGAGGCUCUUUCUGAUGUGCGUGUGGUGGCUAGUUUGGGGAUUAUGGUUGGUAAGACGGAGAAAGUGGAUAUGGCGUUCACUAGAGCUCAGGGGGUGGCUCGACUGCGAGUUAGCAUUCUGGAUAUUGAGUAUGUCCCGGACGUCAUCAACUGGACCUAUAGAGGCGAGGUGUUUCCACUUGAUAUUGAGUUUGAGGAUGCAGAGUUGUUUGCUGAGGUUGCUGCUGGCACUGACGUGGAUAUGCACGAUGGGGGUGAUGAUACAGGUGCUCCCAGGGAGCAGGCGGAUGAGGCAGCACAGGAGCCCAAUGGAUCGGGGCCUGCUGCUCGGGAGCCGGAGAACGGAGCCGGGAUGGAGCAGUCCCCGGCUUCGUCUUUGCCUCAUAACUCACUGCGGUUUGGAUCUUUUCUGCCGUCGUCGGCGCCUCCUCGUCUGUGGAGUGAUCGGGUUGAAUCUGACGAUGCGUUCGAGCAUUCGCUGCCGGUCUUGGACUUUGGGCGGUCACCCCGGCAGUCGGCCAGCUUCAGUGCCCGUGUUGUUCAAGAGGUGGAGCCUCAGGAGUCGCCAGGGCGAUCUAGGUCUUCGGUUUCCUCGCGGAGGGGAGGGGCGUCUGGGCAGGUGGCCACGACUCCCUCUCAUUCUUCUGUUUCACAGCAGGCGGCGCAGGUACCUGUGUCCAGCCGGGGCGACAUAUCUUUGGGGCAGGAGGCCCUGGAGGUCCGUCUCGCGGGAGCCUCGUUGGUGGUGGGGUCGCCGGAGGUCCUGCAGGUGGAGCGCACGCCUGCUACGGCGUCGGCUGGGGGGGGUCGGACUAGGGCAGGAGGCCCUGGUGCCAACUCCGUCAGGCAUCUCCACAUCUCCUACGCGGUCCCCCUCUCCCAGACCUACUCCGGGAGCCGCUACUCGGGAGGAGGUGAUCGCGUUCGGAGGGAUCCGAGACCCUGCUUCCGAGGGGAGGCGGACGAGCUCUCGUCUCCAGGACCUUCCGGAGGUUGAUGAUUUGCAGCAGAGGUGCGCUAUGCGGGCGGCCAAGCUGCGUGAUGUGGAGAGCACAACAGGUUAUCUUCCGUGCAACGGCUCUUAUCCGUUCCUGGUCGCUACUCACUCCGACGGAGGCCAGGGAGCUUUUGGUUACUGCUGCUAUCCGAUGGGAGAUGGUAGCUCGGGAUAUAUUCAGCCGGUUUGGAUGGCGGUCGUGUAACAGGAUAGGCAAUUAGUUUACCUGUCUAUUUUGGAGCCAAACGGCUGUGAUGUAUAAGUGCUUUGGCUAGCUUGUGUAUCUAGCCUUCGGGCUCUGUGUGAGCCUUGUCUUACUUUUCUUGUUGACAACCUUGAGACUUCGAGACUUUGUGGACUAUUUUAUGCUUAAUAAGAUGGCCGUAUGCAUCAUGCUGAUGCAGAGGCCGGGGAAGCCCCCUUUUCGAAAAAGAAAAAAAAAUUCAGAGUUGGCCUGGUUGUGGUCCGACUGGACUGCAGCACCUUCCGAUAUCAUGCCACUGACACGGCUUAGCCUCCAAA